AUGCUAAUUAUUAGAAUACUUAUUUACUUGUUUUAAUUAGAUUUCAAAUAUUUAAUUUUGUUAAUUAAUUUUCUUACAAAAAAUUAAAUAAAUUUGAUAUCUAAAAAUUUGUUCUAAAAGAAAAAAUAAAUAUUUAAGAGAAUGAAAAGUGAGUUAUAUAAAGAUAUGCAAAAGCUAAUUGAUUUCCAAUUAAAAAUCCAAGUUAUAAAACGUUAAUGUGCAUUUUUUAAAUUUAUUAAAGCCUUCUAAUUCUUCGUUGUCCAAAGUCUAAAAUAUAGAUUCAGUUAGAGUGUAGAUAUUUAUUUUAUCUUUAAUGCAAGUCCCUUAGAUUUAUCAAAAUAUCUAUUAUAUAUAAGCUGA